ACAGCGUUGGGUCCGAUGCGCGCUCUCGCCUUCGGGCGCGCUCUCGCCACACACCCCGUGACGUCACGACACGCAAGACAGAACGUCGCUGAGCAGAGUGUAACCGGAGCGGUGCCUUCUCUCUCUCUCUCUCUCUCUGACUGAAUAACGGACAUUUCCCUCAGCACCGUGUGUGUGUAAGAGUGUGUGUAUGUGUGUGUGUGUUUUCUCUCCACACGGUGAGGCAGAGGACAUCAUGUCUGUAGCCGGGCUGAAGAAACAGUUCCACAAAGCGACGCAGAUCCUCGGUGUGUUCCUGCAGAGCUGCCAGACUUCUGUGAUGCCUUUAAACUCAACUUCCAAACAUUAUUUGCACAUCAAAUAAAGUGAGUGAGAAGGUCGGGGGAGCAGAAGGCACCAAGCUUGAUGAUGACUUCAAGGAAAUGGAGAAGAAAGUGGACACUACAAGCAGAGCAGUGCUGGAUAUCAUGACCAAAACCACAGAAUAUCUACAGCCAAACCCAGCCUCCAGAGCGAAGUUAAGUAUGAUAAACACCAUGUCUAAGAUCCGUGGGCAGGAGAAAGGGCCGGGCUACCCACAGGCUGAGACCGUGCUCGGAGACGCCAUGCAGAAAUUCGGCCGAGAGCUCGGAGAAGAAUCCAGCUUUGGUCUGGCUCUGAUAGACGCAGGUGAGGCAAUGCGUGAGCUCGGAGAGGUGAAGGACGCUCUGGACAUGGAGGUCAAACAGAACUUUAUUGACCCACUACAGAAUCUGCAUGACAAGGAUGUCAAAGAGAUACAGCACCACCUGAAGAAGAUGGAGGGUCGGCGUCUGGACUUCGAUUAUAAAAAGAAGCGUCAUGGCAAAGUUACAGAUGACGAGAUCAAACAGGCGCUGGAGAAGUUUGAUGAGUCAAAGGAGAUUGCUGAGCAGAGCAUGUUCAACCUGCUGGAGAGCGACAUAGAGCAGGUGAGCCAGUUGGCUGCACUUGUGAAGGCUCAGCUGGAAUACCACCAACAGGCCACUGAUAUCCUCCAGCAGCUUUCCAGCAAGAUGGAGGAGAGGAUAAAGGAGGCCUCCAGUAAGCCGAGGAAAGAAUACAUUCCUAAACCACGCAUGGAGCUUCAGCUGCCCAGUGAAACUCACAAUGGAGGAAUACACACCGCUAAAUCACCUGCUCGCUCCCCAGCUCCUCUGGAUCAGCCGUGUUGUCGCGCUCUGUAUGACUUCGAGCCGGAGAAUGAAGGCGAAUUGGGCUUUAAGGAAGGUGACAUCAUCACGCUGACCAAUCAGAUCGAUGAUAACUGGUAUGAGGGGAUGAUCCACGGCCAGUCGGGGUUCUUCCCCAUCAACUAUGUCGACAUCCUGGUCCCUCUGCCUCAUUAAGCCCCGCCCCUUGCUAUGCUUCAACCACUUCACCAGCAUUUCUGAUGAUGAUGGUGACGAAGAAGUUACAGUAAAUAAUUAAUAGCACACUCUGAAGUGUUUGUGUGCCCGUUCAGUGUUGCUUUAGAGGUGGCUCUGGUGUGUGUGUGUGUGUGUGUGUGUGUGUGUGUGUGUGUGUGUGUGUGUGAUUUAUUUAUUUUGUUUCCUGACCUGUUGUCACUUACACCAAUGAUAUCACAAGAUUUCACACUUUUUAUGUCACACUAUUAACGUAAGUGAAAUAAUAUAUGAAUUUUGAUGAGUGUCUGGUUAUAUUUCUGCUUUAACACUCAGGUCUCACUUUCCUGGCUGUAAUCUACAAUGCAGUUUAGUUCAGUACACGUGGUUUAUAGAUAAGAGUUUGUGAUCAUUUCUGAUGAUUACUUUAUCCACAUUAACACUGUUUCGUUUCUCAUGAUGGCGUCAGGAAUGAAAAUGACAGGAAUUGUCUCAGCGAGGUUCUACAGGGUUCCUUUGCUGAGAACUCAGAUGGUUAUAUGAUUGCUUUAUUAAUUGUAUGCUGGAUUAAUCAUUUCCACAUCAUGAGGAUAAUAAGUUGUAAAAGAAAAUAUAAUAAAUAACUCAUGGCCUUUCUGCACUUGCGUAAUCCUGAGUGUGUAAAAGCGGCUGUGGAUUUAAACGCUGGUUAAAAUGUAAGUGUUAAAGAUCAGAAGUUGUUGUUUUCGACACGUACAGUUCUCUUCAGGCCGAAUACGGAGACGGCGUCUGUGAGAGCCGCAUGACGAUGAAACCACCUACACGGGCUCACGAGCUGGUGCGUAAGAUCUGCAGCUCCAGUCCUACAGGUGGCACAGUUACAAUGUCAUAACAAAUUCCUCGACUACAGGAAGAAGUUCCUGAAAGCCAUCGUUAGUGAAUUAUUCGGCUCAGACGUGCCUCGAUUUUAACAUCCAAUCACACGCUCGGUUGCGUAGCGUGUUUAUUUAAAUCUGCGUUUACUGCGUAUCUGUGUGGUGUUGCUAGAGAAAGACAUCGCUGAACAUAGUCUCUGUGUGAAAUACGCUCAGGCCUUUAGAAAUUAUACAGGAUUUCUGUUUGAGGGCGGAGCUUCACUCUGAUUGGUUCCCCAGGGUUCUCUCACAUCCAAUCAAAAUCCUUAAAUCGUAGACUGGAAACUAUAAAGGACGCAGUGUGUGAAGGUGUUUAGGACACGCCCUGUCUAUGCUCCUUCAUUUCUCCUGAACUUUUUGUUUGUUUGUUUACUUGUUUGUUUGUUUAUUUAUUUGCUCACGCCUCCAGCACAAUUUAAAUGACUUUCUCAUAAAGUAUGAAUAAUAAUCACUGAUGAGAAACACUCCAGUUCCUGCGAUUUGUAGUGUUUUGUUUCAUUUGCACUUUUUACUCUGUUAUUGUUUCUGUGUGAGCUGUAGCUCCAUUAUUUAUUUAUUAAUUUGUUUGUUUGUUUGUUCAUUAUAAUUAUUUAACUCUUCUGUAGUUUCAGCUCAUAUGGAAGUGACAUUCCAAUGUAUGCACAACCUGUGUGUGUGUGUGUGUGUGUGUGUGUGUGCGUGUGUGCAUGUGCGCGUGCGUGUGUGUAUGUGUGUCUAUGUGUGAGUGUGUGUUUGUGUGUGUAUUAUCCUGUACAGUGUUACACAGAGGAAAUUGGUUUCUCUCGCUCUGAUUGGUGGAUUUGGUGUUUCUGUAUCUGCAGUCGUGUAAAAUUAACUUUAUGGAUUUUUAAUAACGUGUUUAAAGUGAAGCUGUUACACUAUAAUAGUGAGGAUUAUAAAUUUUCUGUGUGUGUGUGUGUAUAUGAAUGUGAGUGUGUGUGGGUGUGUGUGAGAGUGUAUGAGAGUGUGUAUGUGAGAGUGUAUGUGUGUUUAAGAGAGUGUGUGAAUUUAUUUCUUUGUUUUCACAUCACAGCUGAUAAACGUAUCUCUGACUAGUGUGUUUAUGGCUGAAGUGUGAAUGUUUUCUCUGUUUUGUUCUACGUCAUUAACAUGAGCAUUAACAGUAGCAUUAGCAUGUUAGCAUUUAUACUUUAUGUAAACUCAGUGUGAUUUGUUCGGCGGGUUCAGCAUUGUUUUUAUUUUAUUUGAGCGAAGCUACACAUGUGACUGUUGUAUUUACUCUUGAAGUGCACAGGAUUAGCUAGAUGUGGGCAUGGCUCAGUGAUGGACAGCUCUUUAGCUUGUAGCUAGACAACAACGUUAGCUUGUGUUACAUUUUCAUCUAACAAAAAUCCAGUCAAAUUAAUAAUAACAAAUAUUUCUCUCCCACACCCAUUUUUAAGAAGUGUGAUUAGAUUAGCUAUUAGAAUGCUCAGAAUUAGCAUUAAAAAUUACCAAUGGCUUUUGUUUCACUGAAUCACGCCCACAAAAUGAAACUCCGCCUACUUUAGUUAUGUAUUUACAUAAAAAAUGUGAUCCACACCUUUAUCAUCCAAUAUCCUUAAUAAAUAUAAUGAUGUAAAGUGUAUCCAUUCAAGUGUAUCACUCAGAAUCUCUCCAGCACUGAUACUGAUCAAUCAUUAACAACUAAUUAAUCAAUAAUUUAUGAAUAAUUAAUGGUUUAUUAAUGAAUAAUUGAUAUCCAGCAAUCAGUAUCCAAUAAUCAUUAAAGCAAUAACUGUCCCAGUGUGAGACCUUCACACUCCUGAGCCCUCCAUCACCACACCACCUCCUUCACACUGUGUGUGUGUGUGUGUGUGUGUGUGUGUGUGUGUGUGUGUGUGUGUGUGUGUACCGUGGCAUGUUUUUGUGUUGAACAGAACCUGAAGGUGAAUUAAUUAAAUGUCAUUGUGAUGCAUAUAUUUAUCUCCUGUAUGGACCUUUUGGUUUUAUUUAUGUAUAUAUAAAUAUAAUUCUAUAUAUCUAUAUAUCUAUAUGUAUGUGUGUGUGUGUGUGUGUGUGUGUGUGUGUGUGUGUGUGUGUGUGUGUGUGUGCCUCUUGCUCUCUCCUGUGCUGGAUGAACAGAAGCUGUAAAAGUCGUAUCACUUGAUGUGAUCACACAAAUGUCACACACACGUAAAAUAAAAUACAGUGUCACUAA